AUGGUUCCCCUUUCAGACUCGGAUCCAACKAUGGGGUUACCACAUCCUGACUGGUCAGAGCAGCAAGGUUGUUCCCAUGUAAAACCUCAAAUACGGUAUCGUGCAAUUAGUAAUGAGGAAUUUGUUUUACCUUGUGCUUUACCGGAUAAAGAUGCUACUCACAUUUUUAACCAGUCACUUCUAAAACAACACCAGGCCAAAUGGUUCUGGCAYCAGAAAGAUAAAGAGCCACUGCAAGCUAUUACUGAGAACAGCUUUAAUCCCAUUCUCAAAGGGAAUGCGCUCUGGUUUAAUCCAAUAAGGGCUAGUGCUUCUGGAAUCUAUAUCUGCAUGAUACGGGAAAAAAACCCAUGUCUCAAAAUGAUUCUGGAGGUUCAAACAAAGAGUGAGGCAAACUGUACAGAUUAUGGCACAAAUACACUGCAUCUUCUUGCUGGCACUGGGAAUUCAAUAGUUUGCCCGGGGACAAAAUGUUACAACCCUUUAAAAAAUCCAGAUGUAAAAUGGUACAAGAAUGGCCGUAAAGUAAUAUUUCAAAAACUGAGGUCAAGGCUAAAAUAUAACCAUAAUGAAAUCUUCAUGAUUCCAACYUAUGACAAGGAUGCUGGAAUGUAUGUGUGUGAUUACACUCUAGUUGACAACAGUACUGAAUGGACAGUGCGAACCAUGGUUAAAGUAGAAGUUAUUGCAAAAAACACUAUCCACCCACCAAACUUCUUGUAUCCCAAUGCUGUGAUGAUCCUUGAAGCAGAGCUUGGACAACCACUUGAAUUGAAAUGUGUUGUACAGUUUGGAUUUGAAAGAGAUUCUCUGCAGAAUGUAACAUGGAAAAGAGACAACAAAGAAAAUACCAAUGAGAAACUGGAACAAGAAACAAGUAUUCAUCUAAAUGGUUUAAAGGGCACCAUACUUCAUCACAUUGCUAAACUGAAAGAAGUUACUGAGAGGGACCUCAGAAGCAACUUCACGUGCUUUGCUCAGAAUGCUGUGGGGAACUCUACAGCUGUGAUCAGGCUAAAAAGGAAACAAGGAGAUGGCAAAGAAUUUGAUGCAUUUGUGUCCUAUGCAAAACUAGACUGUUCUGAAAGUGAGUCCACUUUAAUUAGUGAGGAAGAAUUUGCCCUGGAACUCCUUCCAGACAUUCUUGAAAACAAAUACGGAUACAAGUUAUGCCUUCUUGAAAGAGAUAUUCUUCCAGGAGGUGCGUACACAGAUGACGUCGUAACAGCCAUUAGGCAAAGCAGACGAGCAAUAAUUAUUCUGAGUCCUGCCUACGUCAGUGGACCAAGCAUCUUUGAACUGCAGGCAGCAGUAAACUGUGCACUAGAAGACAGGAAAAUCAAACUACUUUUAGUAAAAUUCCAGGCUUUCCAAGAGCCAGAGACUUUACCUCCAGUAGUGAAGAAGGCUUUACGGAUUUUACCAGUCAUUACCUGGAAGUCUUCUAUUUCUGCAUCUCCAGAAAAAAAGUUCUGGAAAUAUAUGCGAUAUCACAUGCCAGUGAAAACUACUAAGAUGUUUGGGAAUUACAGCCUCAAGGGCUUUUUCCAAAGGUGCUUAGCCUGGUUUAUCAAUAGCAGAAAGCUYAUAGAUAGAUGA